UCAAACGAUAACUGUCAAAAUUUGACAGCAGUCUGACAAUAUUGUGAAAAAUGUUGCGCUUCUCAGCAUCUCGUCUCUCGUGCAUUUUCAAGAGAGCUAUUAAUCCUGCUAUAUGUAAUUCCCUUAGAAAUAUGUCUUCUAAACAAGAGGAAAUGUAUGCUGAUGACUUCGAUACCAGAUACGAAAAAUAUUUCAAUAACAAAGAUAUUGACGGUUGGCAAAUUAGACAAGGUAUCAACGAUUUGGUUGGUCAUGAUAUGGUUCCAGAACCAAAGGUUAUAAUUGCUGCUUUACAUGCCUGUCGUAGGGUUAACGAUUUUGCAUUGACUGUAAGGAUACUGCAAACUAUGAAGGAUAAGUGUGGAGGACGAGUCAAUGAAAUCUAUCCAUAUCUUCUUCAAGAAAUCAGACCUACUUUGGAUGAACUUGGAAUUAAUACCCCUGAAGAAUUAGGUUAUGAUAAGCCUAAAUUAUUCUUAGAAUCUGUAGAUGAUAAGCAUUGAAUGAAAGUGUUGCAUGAUUUGUAAUAGAAAAUUAUUGAUAGAAAAAAUGGUUGAACAUU